UUGCAGAUUCUUCUGGGAUUGGACUUUCUUCACUCAAAUCACGUUAUUCAUCGAGAUUUGAAGCCGCAAAACAUACUGAUUAAUCGUGAUCAAACAAUCAAAAUUGCGGAUUUUGGCUUAGCCCGAAACUUUCUGUUUUGCCGAAAGUUCUUUCCCAGGAAGCUAUUCUUUAAGGUUGUAACUUUAUGGUACAGAAGUCCAGAGGUGCUGCUACAAUGUUCAUACAAUUGUGGUGUUGAUGUUUGGGCAGCUGGCUGUAUCAUUGCUGAACUGUACACACGUCAGCCACUUUUCCCCGGUCAAACUGAAGCACAGCAGUUGAGCAUCAUCUUCCAAAAGCUUGGCACACCAUCAUCAAGCGAAUGGCCACCACAUGCUGUAAUCGAGCGUUCUUUUUACCCAUCCUAUCCAGGAUUAUCACUGCGUCGCAUAGCACCCAAACUUCCACCAGAUGCAGCUAAACUUGUAAAGGUUUGUUUUGCUUUACAACGGAAGUUCGUGGGUUUUAUGUGCACAUUUUUGGCAAUAAACAUGAUUAUGGAAUGGCGGAUGAUUAAAUUACUGAUGGAGUUACUCGUGAUGUUUGAAAGUUAGUU